AUCUUUCAGAAUCUCCUUUCAACUUUUCUUGAUUAUCACAUUACUGUGGCAUUGGGGACUAAAUGGGAUCUGAAAUGAAUUUAAUAGGACAUUCCCAGUUAGCUGCUGCUGAUGGAUUUUCUCUUGCAGAAGCUCCUCAUUUAUUUGGUGUCCUUUCAGAGCCAAUGAGUUCUCCAGUGCAAGAGGCAGAUGUGUCACCUUACACACAGUACAGCAGUGUGCCGUUUCCCCAAGUUCAACCCCAGAUUUCCUCGCCGCCUUAUUACUCCAACCCGCUGGGCUUCUACCCUCCACAGCAUGAGGAAUGGUAUUCCCCGGGGAUGUACGAGCUCAGGAGAAUACCCUCAGAGACCUUUUUCACGAGAGAGGCAGAGAUAAUGGAUAUCCCUGUGGCCAAAAAGCCCAGACUGGGCCACUCCACGGGACGAGUGAAAGGAGAAGAACUCUGCGUGGUCUGCGGCGACAAGGCCUCUGGGUACCACUACAAUGCUCUGACUUGUGAAGGAUGCAAAGGGUUCUUCAGACGGAGCAUCACAAAAAAUGCAGUAUACAAGUGUAAAAAUGGAGGCAACUGUGAGAUGGACAUGUACAUGAGGAGAAAAUGCCAGGAGUGCCGCCUACGGAAGUGCAAGCAAAUGGGCAUGUUGGCUGAAUGUUUAUUAACAGAAAUACAAUGCAAGUCAAAAAGGCUACGGAAAAACGUGAAACAGCCUCCAGAUCAGACAGUCAGUGAUGAUAACGAAGGCCACGACAUGAAACAAGUGACAUCUACAACUAAAAUAUAUAGGGAGAAAAUAGAAUUUACCCCUGAACAGCAAAACCUUCUUGAUUACAUUAUGGAUUCCUACAGUAAGCAACGAAUACCACAAGAGGUGUCAAAAAAAUUAUUACAUGAGGAAUUCAGUGCUGAAGGAAAUUUUCUGAUCUUAACAGAAAUGGCUACCAGUCAUGUUCAGGUUCUUGUGGAAUUCACUAAAAAAUUACCAGGCUUCCAAACCCUUGAUCAUGAAGAUCAGAUUGCUUUACUGAAGGGCUCCGCAGUCGAGGCGAUGUUCCUCCGUUCCGCUGAGAUCUUCAGUAGGAAGCUUCCUACUGGACAUACUGACCUUUUAGAAGAAAGAAUUCGCAACAGUGGUAUCUCAGAUGAAUUCAUAACGCCCAUGUUUAAUUUUUAUAAAAGCACUGGAGAGUUGAAGAUGACACAGGAAGAGUAUGCUCUGCUCACAGCAAUAGUUAUCCUGUCUCCAGACCGACAAUACGUAAAGGACAGAGAGUCUGUGGAAAAGCUUCAGGAACCCCUCCUGGAUGUCCUACAGAAAUUCUGCAAACUUCACCACCCGGAUAACCCUCAACACUUUGCAUGUCUACUGGGCCGUCUUACGGAGUUACGGACAUUUAACCAUCACCACGCAGAGAUGCUGAUGUCGUGGAGAGUGAAUGAUCAGAAAUUCACACCUCUUCUCUGUGAGAUCUGGGAUGUGCAGUGAUGGAUAGGUUUUUUAAAAAUUUUUAUUUUAGGAUAACUAACUUUUUAAAGGACCACAAAGCAUUUAUUUUAAUAGAAAAGAAAUAUUCCACAGUUAAGUUUUCUUUACUGCAUUUUUAUAGAAACAUGCCAUGAAUGCAUGAGUCAUUUUGCUCAUUACAACAUCAUAUUGUAUAGUUAUCAGAUUUUCACAUGUGAAUAUAACUUUCUCUGUAUUUAUAUUCUUUGAUCAGGAAGAAUCCUACCUUC